AACAGAACACGGUCGCUAAGUCGAGAGAGCUCGUGCUCCAGGAAGUGAGAGGGAAGACUGCUCUGAAAGAACAAUGGGUGUCGAAGUGGAAACCCUGAGACCCGGAGACGGAAAGACUUUCCCAAAGAGGGGACAGACGGUCACCGUGCACUACGUUGGAACACUGACAAGUGGGAAAAAGUUUGAUUCCUCCAGGGACCGGGCAGAGCCCUUCCAAUUCAAAAUUGGUCAAGGUGAAGUCAUCAAGGCGUGGGAUGAGGGUGUAGCACAGAUGAGCGUUGGUGAACUGGCCAGGUUGACCUGCUCAUCUGACUACGCCUACGGCGCCAAAGGGUACCCGCCGGUCAUCCCACCAAAUUCCACUCUAAUUUUCGAAGUGGAGCUCCUGGGUGUUUAAGUUAAAGGUUGCUCAUCUAAGUUUCUAAUUCCACCCACAUCUCUGAAACAAUUAAGCGUUUAUCCCGAGGUGAUGUCAGUACCAUUUUUAACAUGAAUAAAUCAUUGUAGAAAGAAUGAUGACAUCUUGGUAUGUUGGAAACAAAUAACAAGAACUAUUUUUUUUAUGUGUGCCAUGAAGCAAUCAGAACAGUCUAUCUGGAUCACCACUGAAUCUGAACCAGGGGCACUUAAUUGGAAGACAUGUGUUAAUAGAUCAGAAUAGAUCGGUCUCAAAAGUGGUGUGACAAUGAUUAUUAAUGUCAAAAAUGUAUGUGAAACACCUUUUUAGUGAGAUCUGGCUUUUUUUCUAGUGUUUUCCCUUAUGUGUUGAACCCUUCAAUGGAUACAUCGAGUUGAUAGCUUAAAACUUUGACACAUUGUAAACAAGCACUUCAUGUGAAAUGGUCCAUGAUUUAAUUUUUCACCACUGCUUGUAUUUUUCCAUUCAUAGAAAUAGAUUUUAAAUUCCAACCCUCUAUUCCCUGAUUUCUUUGUUGUACUUAAAGACCUGAAGUGUCCUUGUGUUAUGGCAUCACGCUUAAAAUUUGUUUUGUAUUGUGUUUCUUUAUCCUGUCAUGCUCUUUAGAAUUGGUCUUUUCAGUGGGUAUUGCACUCUUUAAUUAAACAAAAAGAUACAAUA